CCACUUAAAAUCAAAAGAACCAUCAAUGGCCUCUUCAACAUCCAUCUUCCUCCUCCCUCUCCUCCUUCUUCUCUCACACGCUUCAGCUUCAACGGUAAUAUUCUACAACAAAUGCACAUACACAGUCUGGCCUGGUAUCCAAGCUAGCUCCGGUCAGCCGUUACUCGCUGGUGGCGGAUUCAAACUGUCCCCCAAAAGAGCUUACACUCUCCAACUUCCAUCUCUUUGGUCCGGUCGGUUCUGGGGCCGCCACGGUUGCUCCUUCGAUAGAUCUGGCCGUGGUCAUUGCGCCACCGGAGACUGCGGUGGUUCUCUCCUCUGUAACGGAGCCGGCGGUGUACCUCCAGCUACUCUAGCUGAGAUCACUCUUGGCCAUGAGCAGGACUUUUAUGACGUCAGCCUCGUUGAUGGAUAUAACUUAGCCAUGUCGAUAAUGCCGGUGAAAGGCACAGGGAAGUGUCCCUACGCAGGUUGCGUUAGCGACCUGAACAGAAUGUGUCCGGUUGGUCUACAAGUCCGGUCACGUAACGGGAAACAGGUAGUAGCCUGUAAAAGUGCUUGCUCUGCCUUUAACUCACCACGCUACUGUUGUACCGGCUCGUUCGGUAACCCACAGACGUGCAAGCCCACGGCUUACUCAAAGAUCUUCAAAGUAGCUUGUCCUAAGGCUUACUCCUAUGCCUAUGAUGACCCCACAAGCAUCGCUACGUGUACCAAAGCUAACUACGUCGUCACUUUUUGCCCCCACCGUGGCCGUUGAUUAAGAUCUUAUAAUUAGCUUUAAAAUAUAAUUAAGAAUAAGUUUAUAAAAUUUGUUCUUGUUAUUUGGUACGAGGUCUCUUUUGAGUUAUUAAGACUUUUUCUGCUUAAUGACGUAAUUUUUACUGCUUUCCAAUAUAAUGUUC